AUGAAAGACGAGGCCAAAGAGAGAAACGUAACUCUGGCUCCAGUUCUUCCAGUGGCUCCAGUUCCUCCUCUGCCUCUAGCUGCUCCAGGUCUUCCAGCUCCGGAUCCUCCAGCUCCUCAGGGUCACCCAACCUCAUUCGCCGCCACAACAACAACCACCAAUGAUCACAGUCCAAAUCCAAGGAGAGGCGUAGGAGGAGCCCCAGCCCCUGACCCACCAAGGUGUACCUGGGCCGACCUCACCAGAAACGUAAUCAAGGGACACAUCCAGGAGAUCUUUGGCACAUAUCGCAAGAUCAAAAUGAUUGACAUGCCUGUGGACAGGCUCCACCCACACCUGUUGAAAGGUUACACCUACAUGGAGUUUGAGAUGGUCGUUGAAGCAGAGAAGGGUCUCAAACACAUGGAUGGAGGUCAGAUUGAUGGACAGGAGAUCAUAGCCCCCUCCCCCCUCACAGGAUGCCUCCACAAUGUGGCGACGCACCCCAUCCCGCAUAAGGAGAAGACGCCACAGCUCACGCGCCAGCUCGAACUCCUCCAGGUAGAGCUGCCUGGAACCCCUGACCUCACAGCUCCCCUCCUCCCUCAUUUUUCAUUUCUUCACUGGAAAAGUUUGUAUCUAAAGUUCUACCCAGCUUCCUAUCAGUGUGUCCUUCCCUCUAAUGAUCACUGACCUCACAGGAAAAAAACAUGACUAUUGAGACAGCCUUUCUCUCACCAUAGUAUAUUUUUAUUGGUCUGUAAGCAUAAUAAUAGUUGCUAGGAUACAUCUGAGGCAAGCUAGCACUGUCAAGAGGAGUGAAAUGACCCCCGACCCUCCUCUCAAGCCAUUGUGAUUUAUCCUAAAGAGCUAAAUGGUGGUUGACAGAAUUCAAAAUUUUGUGGAACUUUUAUGGUUUUGUACAUUGAGUGUUUGUUUUCAUAUGCGACUAUUAAAACGGUUUUUAGUUUGAGGCCA